AUGUCUGAGCAACCGGCCAGUGCAUCGGCGCCUUCAGAAGAGUACAAGGCAAUGAUGAAGAGUUUUCUCGACCUGCAAGUCACCGUGGAUGCUGCCAUCGCCCGUAAGGAGGACCUCGAGGCGAAGAUCAAGGCACCCAACACUGGUGCCAGCACGAAGGCUAGCCUUCGCGCUGAUCUUAACGCCACAGUCCGCACUCUUAACGUUGAUCGUAUGAAACUCGGUCGCAUCAAGAAACAACUUGUGAAGUUUCCUGAGGGUACUGCUUUGGUCGAGCGGUUGAAGGAGGAGAAGGAACAUGCGGCAAAAGAAGCAGUGGAUACUGGGAAGGAGGAGGAGAAUAUAGACAAGGGCCAGGGCAAGCGUCCUCUUCCAGACGAUCCAGCGGAGGAGGGAGCCAAGAAGCGGCGUGUUGGGGAUAAGGAAAAGCCGGGCGCACAGGAGUCUCUUAAUCCGAACCCCCCUGUCAAUGGUGGUAGCGAUUCAGAGUCCGAUUCUGAGACGGAGACUGUGAAGAAGCCUCGGAUGGCUGAUCGCUGGUACAAGCUGACCUCGGAGCAGCGACGUCGCUUACUGAAGAAGUACACUGCAGCGGUCCAGAACCUCCUCCGAUCCAAGUUCUCGCGUCUCCCACCCACCGUCCUUCGCACUUGGGCUCGUCGAGAACAAACGUUCUUUACGGAGCUUGGUUUCUUCAAUCGUUUCCUCGCAAUGUGGGCUUUUGUUAAAAAGGGGGAUUCGGUGAUGCGGUGUCAUUACCACGAGAUCAACGACCACUCGUGCAAGGUCAACGACAUUGCCGCUCACGAGGGAAAGACUAAGAACUCGUUCAAGGUCACUGGCGUCCCUUUUGAGUCCAUCACCAAGCCUCUCUUCGACCCCGUCUCACAACCCGCUGCUAAAGGUCUGAAACUCGACCGUCGACGCUCCGACUAUCCCAAUUCCUCCGACGAAGAGGACUCCACCGAUGCACGACCAGUUUACCGCACCAUCGAUGAUCUCUACCGUCUCUGUCGUGUUCGAAAUGGGCGUCGGAUUCUCCACUGUGGAUGCGAUCUGGAGGAAGCUCUGUUUGGGUUUUUCAUCUGGAAGAAAUUCGUUAACAUUCAAUCUCGCUCCCGUACAGAAACUGAAGAACCUUUCGAGAAGCCCUUGGACCCGCGCACGCGCCACUAUCUGUACGUCAUCUUCAACUCCUUUGGCCUCAAAGUCGACGACCUCUACACAUAUGACGAGAACGGCAAAAAACGUACCCAGCAAGAUAUCCUUUCCGCCAUUAUUCGCAGUAUCAAGGCAGCAUUUGCACCUCGCAUCCAAGAAGAACAGAGGGUCGCCGAAGAGGAGAAACGAAAGGCAUCUCGUUCUGCACCUCAAUACUGGGAGAUCGAUGACUCCAAAGAAAGGGACAUGUUCAACUUCGACGACGACGACGAGGAGGCGUUUAAGCGUAUGAUAGCUGAUCUGGAUUAG